AUGAUCGUUGAUCGAGUGCGUUCACUUUUGUUUAGUACAAAAACUGCAUUAGCAAAAGUUGAUAAAUUGUCCAUUUUACUGGAGACUGCAAUUGCUAUUAUCAUUGCUGAAGCUGGUGGACGAGUAUUUAAAAAAGUGGUAUUCAUGGCUCAUACUGGAACUCGAAUUUCUGAUAUUGCUGCUGUUUUAGAUUUGCAUGCAUCUACUGCCAAUACCACCAGUAACAGUACAAAAUUCAACCCUAUCAUCACUGCAAAUCCUACCGAAUCCUCUGCAGCAGCAGCUCAUUCUAUACUACUCAGACUUGCUCAGUCAAACCCAAUCAUUUCUCAUUCAGAUAUUUUUAAUCAACAGUCCUUGUCGAAUCUGAAUUCAAGUCUAUCCAAUGGCCAACUUCCAUGGCAUUCAGACUCGAUUCAUCAGAAUUCUGGGACUCAUGAACUCCUGUAUCCGUUUAUUCCAUCUACUCAGCAAGAUCAUCCUCAUUUUUAUUCCAAUGACCAGAAAUUCGACUCUGAAUCCAUGUUUUCUCGUUUAAAUGCUGCCAUAUCAAGCACACAGCUAACUACUGAUGCGACGUCGGAACCCAUUUCUGAUCAUUCAACUCGCGAGUCUUUAAACGCAGGCAGCAGCAGCAACUCUAAUGACCAUUCCACCACUGAUUUGAAUCAUUCGUUAUCCUCACAUUUGUUUAUGGAGCAAAUGGUAGCAGCAGCAGCAGCUGCAGCAGCUGCUCAAGCUCAGACAGGGUUAGCCCUUAGUUCGACACAGCAGUUAUACCAAGAUAAUCCGUACACUAUACAAUCUCAGUCCAAUCAUCAGAAUUCUAAUUUAAUGGAUGAGAUUCACUCUACGUCGGGUAGAGGAAACGAUGGUCAUUUGUCGAAAUCACAACCUUCUACUUCUGGUGACGGGUUUAUUAUUCCUGAUACGACUGUUGAUAUUCCUGGAGGAGGAAGAAUUGUUGUGAGACAGGACGCUCAGGGUAAAUAUUGCUGUCAUUUAUGUGACCAUAGUUUUUCCAGACUUUUUAAUCUUCGGAGUCACAUGAGUACACACAGUAGAAUAAAACCCUUCCAAUGCACAACAUGCGAUAAGCAGUUUUCUCGUAAUCACGAUCUAGCCAGACAUCAGCGAAUCCACUCUAAAGAAAAAGGCCAUGUAUGCACUGCUUGUGGUAGAAAGUUUUCCAGAUUGGAUGCGCUCAAACGACAUUCACGUAUGGAUAAAGGAGCUCGUAAAGCAUAUUGUGCAGAUUUACCUUUUUCUGAGAAACAAUCAACAGAUGCCGAACAUGACUCAACUCAAUCCAACUUACCCCCACACGAAAUCCAAUUCCAAGAAACACAAAAAAAGCAACAGCAGCAACUACUGAAUCAUCAGUUGAAGCAACGACACAAGCAAAAACGACAGGUAGAGCAAUUACAAGCGUUUCAAUCUGCAGCAUCGUAUCCCAGUAUUCACACCUCUAAUCAAGACUCGCAUCUAUCGAGACAUCAGAAUGAUGACUUUUUGUCUCGGCUUGGUCAUUCGCCAUUUCAAUUGCAAGUUUGUCAUCUUUCUAAUAAUGGUGGAGAUGGAAAAGAGGAUUCAACUCAGGGAGUCGUCGAUAUUUCCAACUCAACAUCAAGAAAUGAUUUUACACGUGCAGUGAUGGUUAUUGAAGAAGCGACUGCGGCUGCUGUUGCUGCUGCGCUAGCAUUCAACUCACAUCUCCAAUAA